GCGGAGCGCGGGCGCGCGCCCCGGGGGGAGAUGACCUUCGGCCUCUGGGGGACCUCCUCGCAGGAAUGCCGGCAUGAUGUUUGACUCAGGUGGAUUGUGGAGCUACCAUUGGAAAUGGAAGCCAAGCCCCCUUCUAAUCCUGCUUGGUUUGUGUGUCAUUUGUACUCCUCACUCAGUAUGGGGAUGUUCUAGCUGCAGGCUUGUGCUCUCCAACCCUUCUGGAACCUUCACGUCUCCAUGCUACCCCAGUGACUACCCUAACAUCCAAGCUUGUAUGUGGACCCUCCGAGCUCCCACCGGCUACAUUAUUCAGAUAACAUUUAAUGACUUCGAUAUUGAAGAAGCUCCCGGUUGCAUUUAUGACUCAUUAUCCCUUGAUAAUGGAGAGAGAGAGACUAAAUUCUGCGGAGCAACUGCCAAAGGCCUAUCAUUUAACUCGAGUGCGAAUGAGAUGCAUGUGUCCUUUUCCAGUGACUUUAGCAUCCAGAAGAAAGGUUUUAGUGCCAGCUACAUCCGAGUUGCGGUGUCCUUGAGGAAUCAAAAGGUCAUUUUACCACAGACAGUUGAUGCUUACCAGAUCUCUGUUGCAAAAAGCGUCUCCAUUCCAGAGCUCAGUGCCUUCACACUCUGUUUUGAAGCAACCAAAGUUGGCAAGGACGACAGUGACUGGCUUGCCUUCUCCUAUUCAGAUGCAUCCUUCACGCAACUGCUGAGUUUGGGAAAGGUCAACAACAACUACUUCCUAACUAUUUCAGGCUCAAAAUGCUUUCUGAACAGUGUUUUACCUGUGAAGGAUAAAGGAGGCAUAUUCACAGAAAGCUUUGAACAGCUAUGCAUUGUUUGGAAUAAUACUCAGGGCACUGUGGGUGUCAGUUUUAAAAGAAACUACGAGACAGUGCCAUGUGAUUCAACCAUUAGCACAGCCAUUCCUGGGAAGGGGAAAUUAUUGUUGGGCUCCAAUCGAAAUGAAAUCGCCUCCCUCAAAGGAGAUAUUUAUAACUUUAGACUUUGGAAUUUUACCAUGAAUCCCAAACUUCUCUCCAACCUCAGCUGUAAUGAGAAAGGGAACGUGAUCGACUGGCAGAAUGAGUUUUGGAAUAUCCCAACCGUGGCUCUCAAAGCUGAAAACAACCUGAGCUGUGGGUCCUACCUGAUCCCACACCCAGUAGCAGAACUCACUAACUGCAUUGACCUGGGAACUCUCUGUCAAGCUACUGUAAAUGCUUCUAGUACCCCAGAACCCAUUGUCACCACUAAUAUGCCUGUUACUAACAGACACGAUAAACCAAUGAAUGAUGGCUUUAUGUAUAGAAUAUCCAUAGUGGUGCAAAACAUCCUUCAUCACCCUGAAGUGAAAGUACAGAGCAAGGUAGCAGAGUGGCUCAAUUCAACCUUCCAGAAUUGGAAUUACACUGUUUAUGUGGUUAAUAUCAGUUUUCACCUAAGCACAAGUGAGGACAAGACUAAAGUGAAGAGAAGCCUUGUGGAUGAUCAAAGGUUGGUGAUUUGGGCCCUUCUUGUUUACAAUGCUACCAACAAUGUCACCUUAGAAGGAAAAACCAUUCAGCAGAAGCUUUUAAAGAACAACGAGUCUCUGGAUGAGGGAUUGAGACUGCACACAGUGAGUGUGAAGCAACUGGGCAUGUGUGCUGCUGUGGAGGAACCCAAAGGCUUUCACUGGCCAGCCAUCUCACCUUCGGAGUACAGGCAACAGUGUCCCGACAAGCCUGGCUUUUUCGCUUCACGAACAUGUUACCGCAACAAUUCCAACUUAUCCGUAGCCUACUGGGGGCCCCUGGUUCUCUCUGAAUGCUCAAUGGAGGCAAACCAAGUUGCCAAUCAGAUUUUAAAUUUAACUGCUGAUGGGCAGAACCUGACUUCUGCCAAUAUUAACAAUAUUGUGGAACAGGUCAAAAGACUUGUGAGUAAAGAAGAAAAUAUUGAUCUCACACUCGGCUCCAUGCUAAUCAACAUCUUUUCGAAUAUCUUGAGCAGUUCAGAUGGUGAUUUGUUUGAGUCUUCUUCUGAAGCUUUAAAAACAAUUGAUGAAUUGGCCUUCAAGAUAGACUUAAAUAGCACACCACGUGUGAAUAUUGCCACGAAGAAUUUGGCUCUUGGAGUAUCAGCCCUGACCCCAGGGACAAGCGUAAUUUCAAAUUUUAGCAUUGGUCUCCCAAGCAAUAAUGAAUCAUAUUUCCAGAUGGAUUUUGAGAAUGGACAAAUGGAUCCACUGGCUUCAGUGGUUUUGCCUCCAAAUUUGCUUGAGAAUUUAAGUCAAGAAGAUUUGAUGUUAGUUACAAGAGCACAGUUUACUUUCUUCAAUAAAACUGGACUUUUCCAGGAUGUAGAGCCACAAAGCAAGGCCUUGGUGAGUUAUGUGAUGGCGUGCAGCAUUGGGAACAUUACAAUCCAGAAUCUGAAGGAUCCUGUUCAGAUUAGAAUCAAACACACAAGAACCCAGGAAGUGCGUCAUCCUAUCUGUGCCUUCUGGGAUCUGAACAAAAACAAAAGUUUCGGAGGAUGGAACACAUCAGGAUGCAUUGCACACACAGACUCAGAUGCAAGCGAGACAAUCUGCCUAUGUAACCAUUUCACACAUUUUGGAGUCUUAAUGGACCUUCCAAGAAGUGCUUCACAGAUGGAUUCAAGAAACACUAAAGUGCUCACUUUCAUCACUUAUAUGGGCUGUGGAGUAUCCGCCAUCUUUUCAGCAGCUACUCUCUUGACAUAUGUUGCUUUUGAGAAAUUGAGAAGGGAUUAUCCCUCUAAAAUUUUGAUGAACCUGAGCUCAGCCCUGCUCUUCCUGAAUCUCAUCUUCCUCCUGGAUGGCUGGAUUACCUCUUUCGGUGUGGACGGACUAUGCACAGCUGUGGCGGCCCUGCUGCACUUCUUCCUUCUGGCCACUUUCACCUGGAUGGGGCUGGAAGCAAUCCACAUGUACAUUGCCCUCGUGAAAGUAUUUAACACCUACAUCCGCCGGUAUAUCCUCAAAUUUUGCAUCAUUGGCUGGGGUUUGCCAGCCUUGGUGGUGUCAAUUAUUCUCACAAGCAGAAAACAAAAUGAAGUUUACGGAAAAGACAGCUAUGGGAAAGAACAAGGUGAUGAAUUCUGUUGGAUUCAGGAUGCAGUGAUAUUUUACGUGACCUGUGCUGGCUAUUUUGGAGUCAUGUUUUUUCUGAAUGUUGCCAUGUUUAUUGUGGUAAUGGUGCAGAUCUGUGGGAGAAACGGCAAGAGAAGCAACCGGACCCUGAAGGAAGAGGUUUUAAGGAACCUGCGCAGUGUGGUUAGCUUGACUUUCCUGCUAGGCAUGACAUGGGGUUUUGCUUUUUUUGCCUGGGGACCCUUAAAUAUCCCCUUCAUGUACCUCUUCUCCAUCUUCAAUUCAUUACAAGGCUUGUUUAUAUUUAUCUUCCACUGUGCCAUGAAGGAGAAUGUUCAGAAGCAAUGGAGGCGGCACCUGUGCUGUGGCAGAUUCCGAUUAGCAGACAACUCAGAUUGGAGUAAGACAGCUACCAAUAUCAUCAAGAAAAGUUCUGAUAAUCUAGGAAAAUCUUUGUCCUCAAGUUCCAUUGGCUCCAACUCAACCUAUCUCACAUCUAAAUCCAAAUCCAGCUGCACUACCUAUUUCAAAAGGGACAGCAACACGGACAGUGCUUCCAUGGAGAAGUCCUUGUCGAAACUGGCCCAUGGUGAUGGAGAACAAACAUCAAUCAUCCCUGUCCAUCAGGUCAUUGAUAAGGUCAAGGGUUAUUGUAAUGCUCACUCCGAUAAUUUCUAUAAAAAUAUCAUCAUGUCAGACACCUUCAGCCACAGCACAAAGUUUUAGUGUCUUUAAUUCAAGAAGUGAAAAAAAUACGUAGGAUAAUCAGUCUGCAGAAAUGUGAAGAUGUGCAAGCCGUGAAAACUACUACUAGCCUAUGUAAAUGGGCUACGACCAAGACACCUGCAUGGAGAUGAGGAAUGUCUUUUGUGAAGAAGUCUUUCGUGCGUUCCGAACUCAUUCUUUUGGUAUAUUUCUUCCAUGGAGGAGGCUCAACCAUCACUAACAGCUUCACUACUGAGAGCAACUUUACUCAGGAACCGGAGGACAGAAGAUUUCUUAGGAUGAGUCAUUGAAUGGCACUCAUCUGAAGUCAAGGGGAGGGAGAGAGGAAGCUUAGAGCACAAGGGAGGAUCAA